AGUAAAAUCAAACGAUUAGGAACAAAAUGAUCGAAAGUUUGAUAAAUUUUUCAAUUUAAUUCUCUAAUUAAUUAUUGAAAAUGUAUUUAAUGAAAUAGAGAUGAUUUAAAGUGAAAGAACCACAAACCGAUAGCUUGACACUUGUAUCCUGGAAAUGCACAAAAAUUCACACUUUUUUUGGAAGAAGAUCACUCUAUCUCAAACGCCUCGAAACUUGAUCCAAAAAAAAAAACGAAAAUCAAAAUUAAGAGCAGGAGGAAAUUUUUCAAAAAAUUACAAAAAUCGACGACUUUAAUUGUAAAAAAAAAGAGAAAGAAUUUAAUCCGCAACACGUCGCAUGUUCUUUACAAAGACUGAAAUCUUUGUGAAGUGAAAAUUUAUCGUAAGAAAAGAAAAUCGUCAUCAUCUUGAAGGAUGAGGUGAGCCCGCGGUGAUUCUGGUUCUCCAUCGGCAAGAAGAAGCGACGGUGAACCAAAAAUGAACAAUAGAUCCUCACAUAUAUUAUUUUUCAGAGGGCGGUCUCAGUCUGACUCAAAAUAAAUAAUAAACUCUCGGAGGAAUUAUCGCUGCCAUUGGGCCACGACUUGUGUUGAAAGGCGUGCCUUUCAACAUAAAACCAAAUGCUUGAAAAACCAAUGGUCUUAUGCUACCGGAAACCUGAAUCGAGCCGCCAAUGGUAGAGUUGUUCAGCCAUCUUUUUACUCUAAGCAAUCCUAAUUAAGUCCGAUUAUCGCCUAGUGGUGGAAAAGUGGGCAGCCAAUUGAUGAUACAACAAACGAACGAACUGGAGGAUGCGAGUCCAACGUUUUCUUCACCAGCUAGUGCGAAAUAUCGCGCCCAAGUGUUACAAGCAACAAGCCAUACAAUGCAGACUUCUGCGGUGAAUCCGGAAAAUUCUCCGCGAUCUGCGGGAUGCUGCGAACGAGAGAGGGAUCGAAUUGUCGAUGAACGAGACGAAAGAAACGCGAGAUCAACAAGUGCCCAAGAGUGCGGAUCAAAUAAUCAAGCACUUUCACUCUCACUAGAAGAUAGAGAAUUAUGGACGAGAUUUCAGUGCAUUACUAACGAGAUGAUCGUCACAAAAAACGGAAGACGAAUGUUUCCUGUUGUCAAAGUAGUGGCACGCGGAUUAGAGCCGGCGGCAAUGUACACGUUACUUUUAGAAUUUGUACAAAUUGACCCUCACAGAUGGAAGUACGUGAACGGCGAAUGGGUUCCAGGAGGCAAGGCGGAAGUCGCUCCACCAAAUCCGAUUUACAUUCACCCUGAGAGUCCAAAUUUUGGUGCUCAUUGGAUGAAAGAGGCCGUUUCGUUUGCUAAAGUGAAAUUAACAAACAAAUCUAACGGGAAUGGACAAAUAAUGUUAAAUUCCUUACACAAAUAUGAGCCGCGAGUUCAUUUAGUCAGAGUGGGCGCGGAAGAACAAAGAACGGUUCUCACGUACCGAUUUCCCGAAACUCAAUUCAUUGCAGUCACAGCAUAUCAGAACGAAGAAGUGACGAGUUUAAAAAUUAAGUACAACCCUUUUGCUAAAGCAUUUUUGGACGCGAAGGAAAGACCAACCGAUCCACAAUCAUAUCCUCAAUAUGCAGGAGCUUGGUUUCUUCCACAGACACCAAUGAGUUACGAGUACAAUCCGACGAUUGCCGUUGCACAAAGUCAGGUAUCCAGUUCGUCUAGUAAUAUUUCCAAUUCGUGUACCAUAUCGUCGACAAAUCACAAAGGAACUUGUAGAUCUGCUCCUUACACCCUAAGGCACAAGUACAUGCAAGAUGAACAGCAUGUGGAUCCUUACAGUCCGGUGCCAAUUCUCCAUUCAGCAGCGUACGUUGCCGCAACUGGAUGGUCACCCAGGAGUCCCGAGCAAAUUUCAUCUUUGAAUUCCUCCCUGGCUCCAGAGUGGCCAUCAUCACCGUCUCCAUCGCCAACUUCACCUUCGGCAGCUUCUUAUCCACAUUCAGCUCUAGGUAGACACGGCUGUAUCACAACGUCAGCUACAACCGCUGCUUGUACUUUAUACGUUCCAACAAUUCCUUCAGGUUGUAAUCCCUCUCCUCAUGAACAAAAUCACUGUUCAGACUCGUCCGUUUGGAUUCAUCCGUCCUCUGUGUCCGAUCAAAUUCAACAACAGCAACAGCAAUCGUACUUGAAUCUCAAUCUUCAUUUGCAUCACCAAAUUUCCUCAUAUCCCGCAGCGUCUCACGGCUUACACCAGACUCUUCAUUCAACGGGCACGCCGCCAGGAAUUAUUCCACCUUCGCAUGAAUAUCAACAGGAAUAUCAUCACCAAAAUCACUCACAUCAGCAUCAUCAAACACAGUUGCUUCAUCUGCAGUCGCACAGUGAAGCAACAUCGUCACCUGUAGCAGAAUAUGAGGCACCGAAAGAUCAUCAUGAGAUUGCUUAUCCAAAUCCAAAUAAUCCUGAGGAAGUUGACAUUCCCAAUGAAGAAGAUCGUCGCUUUGUAACAACAGUAAUUGAUCAUCGGCAUAACCAUCAUCAUCAGCAGCAGCCUCAUGAUACUUCGACUGAUGAUGAUCAAUCUGCAGGUUGGACUCCACUUACCCCACCACCACAAACUACUGCCACUUGAUUUUUCAGAAAAUUUUCCUGAAUGACAAAUUUAUCUCCUUCUGGUGUACAUGAAAAAGAAUAAAAUAUGUUUUAUUCUGCAAAACUAGAAAACAAUAAAUGCGAUUGCAAUGAGAUAUAGGUACAAGAAAUGUUCUUUGUAUGGGUUAGUUCAAAAAAUUUUUUUGUAGAAUUUUGUUAAGUUUCAAGUGUGCAACUUAAAAAAAUAAGUUAACUAGAUGUUUUUAUGUUUAGCCAAAAAAAAACUGUUCUUUAGAAUCUAAUUUUUGUAGUAUGGACUAGAAAAAAAAUGUGAAAUGGAAAAUAUUUAACGAUCUUAAUUAUAGUUUUAUUGACAAAACAAAAUUUUAAGUACA